CGCGUUUCGUGUCGGACGCGUACUGUGCCGGUCUCUGCUCUGCUUGGUAACUGUUAACGGCGUGUUUUGUAGUGCAUUUUAAAUGAAGCGUGAAGAGUCGUGCGGAAGAUAAAGAAAGUUGUGAAUUGGCGCACGCGAGAAGUGCGAGAAGCAGUAGGAAGUGAAGUGAAGUGUUUGGUCAAGCUCCCGGUUACACCUAGUACUCGUGUGUCUGUUCCUGUUGAUGUGAUCGGUGGCCAGUUGGUGGCCCCGGCUGAAAAAUUAGAGGAAGUGCGGUGUCGCAGAAACGGAACCACGCGGAAGCUGUACACUCCAAAGUGAAGUGAAGUGAGAGCCGGAACUUCGUUCCCUAAAAGAAGUAGUAGCAUCGGAUACAGACGCCAACUAGCAGGCGAUUCGUCCAAUCAAAUACAAGCCCGACAAGCCCGUCACUGAAGUAAAAUCCCGUCGGCUGAGGUCAUCGGAGGUGCUCGAAAGAGAGCUCGAUGAGUACACGAUGAAGCAGAUCGAUCGACUACUGGACAAGCCGUGUUUCCGCCGCCACGGAGCGCCGCUGCUCCUCGUGGCCGGGCUGCUGUGUCUGCAGUUCAGCGCUAGCGUUAGUACACCGAUAGACGAUAGCAGCAGUAGCAGUAGUGGCAGUAUUAGUAGUAGUGAAUCCUUAGAGUUAACUGCAUGCCAGCAUCUGAGGCGUGCGGAAGCGCGUCGCGCCAAGUCAUUAGGUGAUAGUCUGCUGCAGACCGUCCGGAUACCGCGGUGUACGGCACUCGGUGACUUCGAACCGGUCCAGUGCUCAAACGAACUGAACGGAACCGAGUGCUGGUGUGUGGACGAGUACGGCGUUGAGAUCACGGGUAGCCGCCGUAGCCACGCCGAUGACGUCAACUGCACGAGGGUCGAGAACGAGUGCCAAGCGUCCAGCUGCCGUAUGUUCUGUCCGGCCGGGUUCGCCAAGGAUCUCAGCUCCGGUUGUCCGAUCUGCCGUUGCCGGGACCCGUGCGAAGACAUCCAGUGUCCCCGUGGGCAACAGUGUGAACCGCAGGAAGUGCAAUGCAAAACCGAACCCUGUCCACCAGUUCCGACAUGUCGCAAGGCGCGCAGCUUGAACGAUCUCUGCCCAGCCGGUCAACCGCUGGCCAUCAGUGGUACGGUGCGGCCAUUCCUGUGUGGCAACGAUCCGGGUAAACCGAGCUGCCCCCCACUAUACCGCUGUCUGGUGCAGGGUGGCAACGAUUACGGUGUCUGCUGUCCAGCUUCGCUCCAGUUCGAAAAACCUGGCAGCUGUCCGAAACCGGACGAAAUCGAAUCAUCAGCCAGCGCCGGGUUCCUUUGCGGUACACCGUGCGGUCACGAUCUGGAGUGUCCGCAGAUGCAAAAGUGUUGCCAGUCGAACGGUUGCGGUCGCAACUGUCAGCAACCACACAACGUGACGGUUUGCCAUCAGGCGCGCAUGCUGUCGGAGUUACUGUCGGUGAAUGAGCGUGAAGGUCGUGGGUACGUUCCGCAGUGCGAAGGUCCCGGAGGAAGCUUCUCAACGCGCCAAUGCUCCCGGAAUGGGCUGGUGUGCUGGUGUGUGGAUCCACGCAGUGGUAACAAGAUCAAGGGAACGAUGGGAGCGGCCGCCACGGUGAACUGUGACGGGGUGGAGAACAUGAUCGGUGGGCGGGCCGGUGGACGGAGUGUCGAUGGAGCGCAAACACUCUGCGAUCACAACAUCUGCGCGGCGGUCUGUGAGUAUGGGUUCAAGAACGAUCACAACGGUUGUCCGACGUGCGAGUGCUCGGAACCAUGCGAAGGAUAUCUGUGCCCCGGUGGGUCGCACUGUGAGGUAGCGAAGGAUCCCAAGUGCGAAGGGUACUCGGGACUUUGCUCCUCGGAGCCAGUCUGCAAACCGGAUUUGGUUUACUCGAAUCCUUGUGAGAUCGGUACACCGCUGGCGGAUAAUGUUACCGGCGAGUUGCUCUUCUGCCAUAUGGAUCGACCGAAAAGCCGAGAGUAUCAGAGCCGCAGCUUUUUCGAUGAUGACGAACAGGAGGAAAGCGAAACGAACGGCCGCAAGCGGUCGAUGUCGAACACGAUCGUGUGUCCGGUGGAGACGCACGAAUGCCGUAAACUCCACGGCGAGUCACGCAGCGUCUGCUGCCCGCUGGUGAACGAAACGGACGAGGAAGACGCCACAGAGGACCGCCAACAGACCAUGUGUGAAUAUCUGCGCGACUUCUCAGAUCGCAUGGAAGGUACGGUCGAGGGUAUGGAGCUUGCGCUUCCCCCGCCAGCUUGCACUCCCGAUGGAGGCUACCAGGCGAUGCAGUGUGUUACUCGCGUAAAGAAGGUGAAAGCAUCGGAACAACGGAAAUACAUCGAACAGAACAGUAUCCGACGGAUGAGGAAGCUCCUGGAGGAUGCUGUCAUCACUAACCCAGCGGCACCACUGACCACCGAGUCAUCGCAGCAGUCCACGACGGAAGGCUCCAUUCGCGCACGUCGUGCCGCUAGUCCUGAUGCCACGCUCAAGCUACUACCCGUCGAUUCCUCAUCAGAACCAACCGGAACCGAUGCACUGAUGGCGUAUAUCCGGCAACGAUCCACGUCCGCCGGCGCUGAGCUGAUACUGGGUCGUUCGGCCAAGAUCAUCGACUUCAAUCGCCUCGAAUCGAAGAACGGGGCCGGUAAUGUGGAUAAAGUCGAAAUCAAGCCUUCAACGUUACUCAAGCGCCCCCUAGUGAUGCCAACACUCCCCACACCGGCCCAGGAACAGUUGGUGGAGGUCGAGAUCGAGGAGUGCUGGUGUGCCGAUGGGUUCGGUACGGAAAUACCGAAAACUCGUGGCUUUAACGCCAGUACCAAGAGUUGUGAGGCACUCAGGGAGUCUCUAGGCUGUCUGGAUCUUACCUGCCGGAUGGGAUGUGAUUAUGGGUUCGUCCUAGAUCCGGAUACCCAGUGUCCGUCCUGUGAGUGCCGUGAUCCGUGCGACACUGUCAGCUGUCCCGAUGGCCAGGAGUGUCGUUCGGUGGAGGUUUCGUGCGAAGGUGAAUACUGUCCACCGGUACCGGCCUGUUUCCCCAAGAAACCGGGUCAAUGCCCUUUCCUCGUACCACCGGGAGCGGAGAACUCGGAAUCGGACUCGUGCGAGUACGAGUGCCGUACGGAUGCGCACUGUGAUGGAUCAAAGCGUUGCUGCUCGAAUGGUUGCGGUACGCAGUGCGUAGAGCCACAGCUCAAGACCGCCUGUCAGCAUUUGCAGACGAUUCAACUGCACCAAGCGUCGGAACUGGGCAUUCCACCGAAGCAAAAGUACAUCGCCCAGUGUGACAUCGAUGGUAGCUUCCGUACGAUCCAGUGUGGUCCGGGUAAUGUGUGCUGGUGUGUGGAUGAGUUCGGUAAUGAGAAGAGUGGUACGCGAACGAGCAACGGAACACCGGACUGUGAGCUGUACCCGAAGACCGAGUGUCCACUGCUCAAGUGCCGUUCGUGUGAGUAUGGCUACAAGAUCGAUGCGAAUGGGUGCAAAACGUGUGAUUGUCGUGAUCCGUGUGGGGAGAUAUCGUGCCCCAGGGGUGAAGAGUGUCAGCUGAUACAGGUCGAGUGUAUUUCGGUGCCAUGUCCGAAGAUGCCAAUCUGUGUGCCGAUCCGGGAGUCCGUGUGUCCGGAGGCGACUCCAUUGCGUUCGAAUGGACGGGAGAUCGUUUGUGGACCCCAGGCCGAUGCCGAUAGCUGUCCUUCGACGCACAUCUGUCAGCUGCAUCCGAUCAGCAACCGUGGUGUGUGCUGUGGGAAGACCAGAGAUGUUUGUUUCGAGUCGAUCGAUCAGAGUUGCCUGGCCGCCGAUACCGGAAUCGUGGCCGGAGAGACGAACGAACUGGAUACGAGCAUCACACGGUGGCGCUUUAGUCCUCGCUUGAACAAAUGCGUCCCGGUGAUGUUGCCCCGAGGGGUCUUCUGUCAGUCGAAGAAUCUGUUCCACAGCGAAUCCGCCUGUAACGGUGUCUGUCCGGUGCUGUCGCAGUGCGAACGGUUACGGUUGAAGAAUGCGAUGGCGGCAAAGCGUGCCGGACAACCAAACACCUGGUUCCAGCCACGCUGUGAUCCGGAGACGGGUUUCUGGAGUCCGGUGCAGUGUUUGGGUUCGAUGGCACCUCAGAAUGGAUCGACAUCGACGACCGUCGAAACACCAACCGUUGGGGUGUGCUGGUGUGCGGAUAAGAAGGGCGCCCCGGUGAAGGGUUCGCUGACAAAGGGCUCCGAGCCGAAGUGUAGUAGCCGUCAGGCGAGACGUCGCGGUGACUCGUCGUCUGCCGAUACGCCAUCGUCCAGUGAUCCAGUGAUGGAAGAACUGAUCCGUCAGAUCACGUUCCUGGUGGACGAAAACAACUAUCUGGUGGAUGAGGAGCUGGAACCGCCGGUCCAGCCGGUCUCGGUGGCCAGCACCAACUACGCUCCGGAGCCACGAUACAUCGGAACGGUUUCGUCCGUCACCGAGAAGGUCAUCGAGCUGGCCAGGACCGCGGAAAGUCGGAAUUUCAUCAGCGAUGCACAGGAUUCACCAUCAGCCGCCGAACGGCUCAGUGCAUCGGCCACUCGGUGUCAGGCACUGCAAUUGGCCGCUUCAUUCCCGGUGGCUUGCGACGCGAAUGGAGCUUUCGAGCCGAUGCAGUGUAAUGGCGAUACGUGCUGGUGUGUUGAUGCGGCCGGGAAUCAGUUACCGCUGUCCAGCACGUUUAAGCGAGGUGCCCGUUCCUGUCUCUUCACACCGAUCGAGGUGGUGGAGAUCGAACUGCGGCUCAACAAUGUCCAUCAGCGCUCGUUGAUUCACGUUUACGAGACACUCCGUGCGGAGCUGAGUGCUCUGAUUGGUUCCAUCUUUGAUAAUUAUCGUGUGCAGGAAAACUCGGACGGGAGUGUGACGCUGAGGUUCGAUUUGAUUGAAGCGAGUAAGGUGGACGAUGCGUACGCGAUCGAGGAGAUGGUGCGUGAGGGAGUGUUCGCGCUUUACCACGGACAUCUGAUUGCGGACAUGACACAGUCACGGUUUGCGCAUCGUAUCUCGAAUGGGGUGCCGUUGGCGCAACCUUCGUCCGGUAUUCCGGAGAACACGUUCCAGACGAUCGUGUUCGUGCUGGCUACGGCUUCCGCCUUUUUGGUUGCGAUCUUUGUCGUGUUUGUGAUGCUGAAGCGGGGCCGUGGGGCGAAGACGAAGCAUUACGCGAGCGGGGAGAAGAUCUUUGCCAUCGGAGCCGACAAGUACGUCGACUACAGUUCGCCCAUCUUUGUGCUCAGUGCCAACGAUAGCCAAACGCUGCAUCGCUCGAAGUCAUCGCAGCAACAGCAGCAACAACCGGGACCACAGGAGUGAUUAGCGCCGGACAGUGCGGGUGUCGAGGGUUGAAUGGGCCGAUUACCGAUUUCAGGUGGACAAGGCCGCCCUGCCACCUUCUGCUUUCCUGUCCUGUUUGUCCAUCACGUUUGGUGUAUCUUUCAUGCCCUCACUCUCCGCUACCAGUGCAUAGGUUUCAAAGAGGACCCUCUGUCUGAUUCCCAAGUUGUUGAGUUUUACUGUACAUAUUAUGGAAAUACGUUGAGAUUCAGGUCCUGUGUCCGGUGUCCUGUGUGUUUGCGUUGCUGCGUUAGUGAUGAGCUGAGGAGGAAGGAUCCCUCGUUUUAUCCGGUUGUGUUGUGAUCGAUCGUCGAUCGCAUGGUUCAAUGGUUUUAGAUGAGUUCCGAGCUGCAUACGAAGCACGUACGGAUGAUCGGAUCGGUUGUGUAAAUAAAUUUGAGAAACAAACAACAAUCCAACCAAGCAUGUUUCACGAGAUGGUGCUGCAGUUGAAGUGAAGAGCUGUAGAAGAGUAAAAGUAGAGUGACAAGAAAUGGAGCAGCUGUUAGCGUUUAAGAAACGAAUCACAUUUCUCUUCGCUCGUCCUGCCACGACCUGGCAGGAAGCUGGCGGUGGUAGAAUGUUUAAAAAAAAGAAGCUGAUGCAGUGGCACGACGAGCUACGAAGGGAAAUGUAUUAUUUAUUUAUUCUCUCUCCUAUUCCUUCCUUCCGCUACUCCAAAUUCCCUCACAAAAUAAAGGUGGUCAACUGUUGCUGACCGCUCUUCGGUAGCGUGUCGCAUCCUUUCACUCUUGCAAAACACAUAAAUGAAACUGUAAAUAUGCUAAGCUUUACCAGCUGGUGAUAAUGGAAUGGAAGCAAAAGUGGAAUCUAAAUGGUGCAACGGUGCAGCAGUAGCAGCAGGAGAACGAGAAGCAGAGCGGUAAAAAAGUAAAGAAAGUUGGAAUUUUGAAGAAAAGCUGCAGAAUACGAAACGACGGACAGUGGCCCGACAUCGUCGGCCGUGUCGUUCGUAGUUUUCCGGUUUUCACUUUGUGUUUAAUGUUUUAGGUUUUGCAUGAAAUCUGUUAUGUUUUUUUUUGUUCGAUAGUAAAAUA